AUUUAUCGUCGGUGCUUUGUUUAUGGCAUUUUCGUAUGAGGACACAAGAACGAUCUCUUUUGAUCACCAACGCCGUCUGGAAUAAAAUAACAUGGUCAAAUUAUAUAAUUCGCAAAAAUUUGCCAACUCUGCUUAACAGAGAACAGUGACUUGUGCUCAUCGACUAUCGGUAGCGCUAUCGAUACAUUCUCCCCAUUAUCUUUCUAUUCGCAAUUCGGUGUGUGGUGUGUUUGGCAGCAGAGAAAAUUCAAUCAAAGAAAAGUCCACGAAAAACGGCAGAUUAAACGAUUCUCCCAGUCCAUGCACACAAGUCCGCAGUUUGCAUAUUCUGAUCGGUAUUGCAACUCGGAUUUGAACUUGUCAUAAUUCCAGCCAGCAGACAGCGAGCAGACCAACCUGAGAUCCAACUUCCUAAGACUACUGAGCAUCCGAAAGACAAACAGCAGCCAUGGGAAACGUAUUCGCGAACUUGUUCAAAGGCCUAUUCGGCAAAAAGGAAAUGAGGAUAUUGAUGGUCGGUUUGGAUGCCGCUGGUAAAACCACAAUUCUGUACAAACUCAAAUUAGGCGAAAUUGUUACAACGAUACCUACCAUUGGUUUCAAUGUGGAGACUGUAGAAUACAAGAAUAUUAGCUUUACAGUGUGGGAUGUGGGCGGCCAAGACAAAAUUCGUCCCCUGUGGAGGCACUACUUCCAGAAUACACAAGGUCUUAUCUUCGUCGUGGACAGUAAUGACCGAGAGCGUAUCGGGGAGGCGAGAGAAGAGUUGAUGCGCAUGCUGGCAGAGGACGAGCUGAGGGAUGCAGUCUUACUAAUCUUCGCAAACAAACAGGAUCUGCCAAAUGCAAUGAAUGCGGCCGAAAUCACCGACAAGCUCGGCUUGCACUCACUCAGAAACCGCAACUGGUACAUCCAGGCGACGUGUGCAACUAGCGGCGAUGGGCUUUACGAGGGACUCGACUGGCUGUCCAACCAAUUGAAGAACGCUAAUCGCUAAUUAAACACUAAAACUAAAGCAACAAUAUGAAUACAACUAACUCUGAUUUCAAGCAAGCCGAAGCAUCUAACCAGCAUCCAAAACCACAGAAAGAGUGGCUGAAGAACACCCAGCGGUAAACGGUGGAAAUCGACAUCAGAAGGAGUUAUCACAAAACAGCAGCGGCACCAACACCAACAACAAGAGCAGCAAAUCUUCGCAUAACUUAAAGGGCUCCUUAUGUCCGUAUUUCCAAACAAGAAACUGAAAUUGUUUAUUGAAUUGCAGAAACAUAACUUUUCAAGCAGCAUAUAAAAAACGCUAUAAUUUAAUUUAAAUUCGUAUACAUAAUUAUUGGAUGUUUAAAACGAGUAAAAGAAAAGCCCAACCAAUCACACGAGAAAGGAAACUAUAGUAUAUGGUAUAAAAAUGUCUUUUUUAAGUUAUUUUUGUCCUCUCCCUCCCCCUCAUCAAAAUAUAUAUUUCUUUUUAAUUUUAUAAAUAUAAAAGUAAUAUUAAUGAGAAAAAAACUGUAAUUGUAAUUGCUCUUUAAAAUACAACAAAUACCAUUUUAAUUUUUAACCCUUCUGUUUCUUGUUGUCGCUUGGCCACGCAAAAUCCAUUAAAACUUACGCAUAUACAUAA